AUGGAUGAUAUAGACCAAUCAAAAAUAUAUGAUCCUUCGAUAAAUUCAUUCAGUCAAGUUGGUUCUGUUAUUGAUCAUCCUCUGUUCUUGCAAAGUGAGAUACAAGGUUGCCUUGAUGUUGGUGAUCCUAACUAUGAUUGUUCAUUUUGUGGCAUGUGUUUUUGGUUAUUAGAACGUGUUAAAAAGGACUCUACAGUUAAUCGUCCUAUUUUUACUGUAUUGGAUUCAGUGAAUGAUGGGAGGGGUCCACCGCAGUUUAUAAUAAGUGGUCAAAAUUAUCAUCGAAUUGGAAGUUUGCUCCCAGAUGUUGGUCAGAAGCCUAAAUUUGCGCAGUUAUAUAUAUACGACACUCAGUAUGAGAUAAUGCAUAGGCAGCGAAUCUUUGGUGUUAUUUGUAUUGGAAAACAGGUUUAUAGCUGUGAUCUGAUAGUUAUACUAUAUUUUGUUCCCGUUAUAAUGUGUUAUUGGCAAACAUCUGAGAUAGAUAAAGAAUUGAUAGCUGAGUUGUUGCAAAUGAUCGAUACUUAUAAUGUCAUAGCACAAUCAUUUCAAAGAGUCAGAGAAUUCUAUCAGUGUCAUCCAUCUAAGAUUCUCUCUUUGAAGUUGUAUUCGCAAAGGAAGGUUGAUCGAAGAAUUUACAGUGCUCCCUCUUAUGAUGAAGUUGCUGCUUUGAUUGUUAGAGAUUUUGAUUCGUCGAAUCAUGGUCCUAACUUAUUGUUCGAUCUACUGGUGCCCUUACAAUAUCCUUUGUUGUUUCCAUAUCGCGAGGAUGGUUACCAGCUGAACAUUGGUUAUCGAGGUGAACAGCCUGGAUAUGUUCCUGGAAGGAGAACAAGGGUUUCCCUCAGGGAAUUCAUAUGUUUUCUUCUCCAGAUUAGGGAGCACAAAGAUGGAAUUAUUCACAAGUGUAGGCUAUUAUUUCAGCAAUUUAUUGUUGAUUGUUUCACUAUGAUUGAGUCCCAAAGGUUGUAUGAAAUUAGAAUGAAGCAAAGUACAAUUAGAGGAGAAGUCCUUCAAGGAAUAGAGGAGGCUAUGCGUCAUGGCGAUGAUGAAGCUUCUUCAAUUGGGACACGAAUCAUUUUGCCUUCUUCCUUCACUGGUGGUAGACGUUAUAUGUUUAACCGUUGUCAGGAUGCCAUGCGAGAGCGAAUUCCCAUUGCUGAUCGUCCUGAUAUCUCUUGUCAUGUCUUUCAUGCCAAGUUGAAGUGCCUCCUUAGCGAUCUCAAGGAAGGUGUGUUUUUUGGUCCACUUAAUGCAGGUAUGUAUACUAUUGAGUUCCAAAAAAGAGGUCUACCGCAUGCACACAUGUUACUUUGGCUUAACGUGGAAAGCAACUUACAAAGUGUUAAAAUUAUUGAUGAAUUCAUCUGUGCCGAGCUACCCAAUCCCCAGAAAUUUUCAUCUCUUUAUAAUGUCGUCACCAAGUACAUUUUUCAUGGUCCCUACGGUCGACUUAGACCGAGUUCUCCUUGCAUGAAAGAUGGUAAGUGCUCAAAAUUUUAUCCAAAAAGAUUCGUUGACCAAACGAGCUUUGAUGAGGAUGGCUAUCCAAUAUAUAGACGUCGUAAUACGGGUGUGACAGUGAAGAUCAAUGAUGUUGAUAUUGAUAACAGAUUUGUUGUGCCCUAUAAUCCAUUGCUGUUAAUGAAAUAUCAAGCUCACAUAAAUUUUAAGUUAUGUAACAAGUCAAACGUCAUUAAGUAUCCUUUUAAGUAUGUCAAUAAGGGUCCGGAUCAGGUGACUGCAACUGUUGGAGAAACAUAUGAUGUUGUGAAUCUUCUCAUGUGGUUGAUGAGAUCAAACAGUAUUACGAUUGUCGUUAUUUAUCACCGUUUGAAUCCAUGUGGAGAAUUUUUGCUUAUGAUAUUCAUCAUAGAUGGCCGGCGAUUUACUGAUGAUGUUUACGGGUUGGAUGAUGGCCAACAGGCGAUUCCUGGAGGGGUGGUCUUUAACAUAUGUUGA